GGCGCAGGCGCGUCGCGGAGAGUCGCGCGUGGCUAUAUACCUAUAUACGGGGCCGAGCGUAGCGCGGCGCAGACACGCGGUCCGACAACGACAGUCGCGAGGUGGCCGCGCAGCCGAGCGCUACUAUACGCUACUAUACGCUACUAUACGCUACUACCAGUGUACCGGAGCGCGCGAGGGAGGAUGCUGCUGCUCCGGCCGCCCGCUUCUCGCCGGCAGCUGCGAUCGUCGGCUUGCAAAAGCUGACUGGAGAAGGAGCUUUCGUGCUGAGCUUCCCUUUCGGCUGAUGCGCUCUCUCGAGUGUGUGCUUUUUCCUGCGGCUAAUUCUGUCACGAUUUUUUUCCCCCGAGGCUCAAGCCGGAGUGUGGCUGAUAGCAUCGCGAGGCAAAGGUGUCAAGUGCAACGAGAGGAAAGACGUAAAAGAUGACGAGCAGCGAGCUGCUGUACAACUCGCGACCGGACCGGAACACGGCUCAGAAACGCUGGCGUCUUCUGGCUCGUGCUCUGACUCGUUCUCCAGAUCCACUGGACGACGAGUCUCACGGCGAGAACGAGGAGAUCUCCGUGCGCCGAUUCACAUCCUUCGACCUGCUUCACCCGGUGCAUCUGGAGAACGAGCCCGAGUGCACCUGGUGGCUCUACACCGGCUGUCUGCUCGACGGCGAGCUCCACGAGGUCCUUGUGCGGAGGAUCAGCAAGUGCUUCACGGCUAACGAGCUGAUAGGCUUCAACAACACCGGCAACGUCUGCGUCUGGCCGUCCGAGGAGUGUCUGGCUUACUAUCUGCUCAAGAAUCCAGAGAUCUGCCGUCGUCGUCGGGUCUUGGAGCUGGGCGGCGGCAUGAGCUGCUUGGCCGGAGUCCUGGCGGCCAAGUACUGCGAGCCGAGCUCGGUGACGCUGACCGACGGGAACGUGAGGAGCGUCGAGAACGUCCGCUGCAUCGUCGAGAGGAAUGGCAUGUCCGAGCUGGUCAGGUGCGCCGUCGUUCAAUGGGCCAGGGCCGCGAAGGCGCUGCGACAGUCGAGCGGUCGCAACGGAAGCCAGGAUUUCAACGAGGCCGACUCUUACGACGUGAUCCUCUGCGCCGACUGCCUGUUCUUCGACGAGACACGUCUGGACCUAGUUGACACCAUCUACGGCUGGUUAGCCGACGACGGCGUGGCUCUGGUGAUGGCACCGCGUCGAGGUGCCACCUUCCGCAAAUUCACCGAGGCGGCGGUGCAGCGAGGCUUCAUCGCCCGGCAGACCGAGCGCUACGACCCCGAAGUCUGGUCCCGACACCUGAGCCUCCUCGACGAGAACCGAGACUACUGCCCCGACCUUCACUUUCCCGUCCUGCUCGAGCUCACCAAGCAGAAGAAGAUACCACCAGGAUGACCGCCGGUAUGAGGGAUUAUUGUCUUGGUACUGGCUUUGCGAUGUUGAUCAUCGGCUCUGGAAAAGAGCCGACGAUGAUCUGAGGCGUCCGUUGAAAAGAAGCCCGAGUGCUGUUGAUUUUUUUGGGGGGAUCAUGAUCGGAGGUGAUGCUUGUAUAUAUAGGGAUUUUGGCGUCGUGUAGUGGAGCUACGCGAUGCGGAGAGAAGUGUGUUUUGAGAUGAUAUUUUUUAAAUAUUGUACAUAUUAUAGUGUAGCGAGGACGUUUAGAGCGCGCGACGGUAUAUUUGUGAAUGUAGAUGCUUGUGUCAUUGUUACUGUAUUAUUUUGAAGAGUUUUUAAAAUCUUCGAUCAACGCUCGAACAAUUUUCAAUUAUCUAUGAUUAUCUUACUGAUAUCGUACCUCAUCGUAUAGUUAAUGACAUUUACCAAAAACAUAUCUUGCGAGUACGUGGGAAACUCGGCCGCGCGGGCAAAAAAAUUCGGAAAUUUUUUCAUAAUUUCCAUCCUAUAGCCUACAUAUUCUUAGAUUGAUUACGGCGACUCGCUAAAAUUACGGUGAGCGCGUUUAUUCGCUUCAUUAGGCCCUGCUUUGACUAGACUUUAAUAUAACGCUCGGUGCGAAAAUCAAUAUUGCUCAUUUGUAUAAAAUAAUGCUUUCUAUACUUUUAUUGAUAUUAUACGCCGAUGCUGUGUGAAUAUUGAACGCUGGCGUGUACGAUAUUUAUUCAUUUUUAUCGCAAAUUUGACAUUGCCUUACAUUACUUUUGUCGCGUGUUCAGUCAAAGUUUUGCAAAAGUCUAAACGCGGAGAACACAAACGGUUUGAGCUUUUCGGUUCCCUAGUCUUCAACUGGUGGCGAUAGGUGGCGCAUGGGCACUUAUUUAUUUCCCCCAUGUUGAUUUAUCCGCCGAGUAUAGAUAAAUAGCGGUGCCAAGUAUGCCAAAGCAGCCUUCUCUGCAGGCCUGCUGCUUUGCUCACUCAUGCUAUAACUGCAAUGAAGUCUCCCGUUUAGAUUGUUGUUGAUAACAAAUUUUAUUAUAUUAAAUGAAAAAUAAUCACAAGUCGAAAAAUUGAAAUAAUACCGGAGGAGAGCUUAAAUCAUUAAAGAAAAACGUUUGAUGAUAAAUUAACGUGUACAGCAUUCAACUGCGUCGGAACACAACGUAACUUUAUAUUUCACACAAGGUACGUACACUGCGUUGAGCUUUAGCUGCUUUUGAAAUAACUGUUUUAUUAUAAACAGAAGGUCUGAAUUUUAUAGCGUUAGCUUUGGGCUCGCUGUACAUAUGAAGCAGAUUGUAGAAUACAGAGUACUUUGGAGAAUCUAAUAAACUAUGCUCUUUCCGACCCCGGAAUCCUAAUUAUUUCGUACAUUUCGAAAAUUAACCCGCUCAAAGAUAAGACCGCGUAAAUUCGAAAUAAAUGUGUGUCUAUUUAUAUUCUCGCCGCGAACAGUAUUUUCAUCAAAGUUUACGUAUACACUCGAAACAUUUGUUUUGAAGGAGUCGCUACCUCUCUUAAUAACACGUCGUAUUAUUCUACAAAGCUUUAAUCAUGUUUUUGUUUGCUUUACUUCCAAGUAUUAUUAUAAACAUUGUAACGAGUGCAGUGUGUUUACCUUAUUCCGCUAAUGUAUCAUGGGCCAGACAUCCACGCGUUUGAAUGAUGCCAACUGACUUCGUUCUCUCAUACUCGAAGUAUAUCCUCGUAAAAUUUGCAAAAAAGCAACUUCUCCCGAUCGAAAAGAAGAAAAAAAAAUGGAAAUCCGAUACCUCGCGUCGGAACUAAUUUCGCUUUAUUUUCUAUUCGCGGCUGCAGUCGUAAAAGACGCGCAGCUUAAAGGCCUUCUAAAAAUCCAUAUAGCAUCGGACAAAGAUCCGAGCUUCGCGCGGCGGCCGACCUAAAAUAAAAAAAAAAGCAUAGCGCUCGCUAAAGGUGCUUUUAAAAAUUUCGAUUUUCGAACGAACGCGUCAAUCCGGCCAGCGACAGUUUGCGAGUGCGUCUCGUCAUACCGACGCAGAUGACCAGACCACUUAGUCUUUUGGAGUAGGAAGUCGAGAUUUUUCGAAGAUACUCGCGUCGCCGAAGAACGAAAUCGAAAAAACGUAGAGUCAGAACUUACGUUAUAAAUAAAAUAAUACUUUCAUCUAAGUGAAAAAGUCGAGAAAUUCGUUUACCUCCGCGAUCGAGCGAAAACUUCGUUGCCUCGCGCUGCACUAUAAGGGCUCCAUACGUAUAGGGAAGCACUUCCGCAUCAUCUGGAGCGACGUCGCGCUUGCGGAAAAGCACAUAACCGCGCAGCCUUGUCUGCAUUGCUAUGAAAGGUCUUUCGACCUUGACCCGUGCGUAGAAAAUGCAUAUCCUCAUAUGAGCCGGUGAUUUUACAACUGCAAGCGCGACUGGAGCCAUUUUUACAGCUGAAGCGCGCAUAUAUGUGUUAUGGUGGAAAAUCCCAUCGCGAAUGUAUGACGUGAGCUGUGUAUUGUGCAGGAUGUAGUUUCUGUAUCGAUGGAUUGACCGCCCCGAUGUACACAAUGUCAUAUGUGAUCAAUUUUUCGUUUAUUGUUUUAUUCUUUUAGAAGUAGAAUUAAUUUUGUUAUAAGAUUAUACGUUCUCUGCCAAAUACAUGUAAAUAUACCGUGUCGCAAAGCUUGACGAUAACGUGUAAUAAGAUGUAAGUAGAUUUAUAAAGUAAGUAGAUGAAUUUUUCGCGAACUGCAGUCAUUGUGAAUGUUUCAAUUUUUCCAGGAAACAUCGUCGACGCUGUCAGUUAUUGUAGCUAAUUGUAAAUCGAUUUAAUUUUACUCGGCGGUAAAUAUUAGCUUCCGAAACGUCGUAAAAUAAAAUUCUAAACACACACGCGUGUAUGAUGUGAAAGGUGUAAUUUUAUAAUUACAGUAAUAAUAUUAUAUAUUUCUAUGAUAAAUAAACGUUACACGAACCUUUGAUAAAAUUGUAUCCAAAACUCGAUCCGAAGAGAAUCGCAACAGUGUAUUACGACAAUUUUUAAAUAUCAAAAGUAUCAUAAUGGAACAGGUAUAAAUAAAAAAAAUCAAAAUAUACCACACUGAAAACA